AUGGAUAUCCGCAGCAAUGCCGACACAACAGCAGGAGGGGGCUCCAUCGCUGGCUCUGAAGCCCCAACAACAGCUACACCCACAGGCCGAGAUGGAGGAGGAAGAGGAGAAGGGAGCAACAAACCCAAGCUCCAGCUCCCAGCCAGCUGCGAGCCGCCCCAGCCUGGGCAGCCGCCUGCUAAACAGCUUGUCUUCGGCGGAACAGGCCACAUGGGCCGCUCCCUCGUCAAGUCCAUCCUCUCCCACUCGGACCUCGUCACCACCGUCGGCCGCGUCUUUGAGACGACCCCGGCCCAGAUCGCUACUCUCAAUUCCGACUCCUGCCUCGGCACUCUUUGCGACGUGCGUGACUAUGCUUCCGUGUCGAAAGUGAUGGAGAAAACGCUUGAUCGCUUCGGGAGGAUUGACUGCAUAGCCAACUGCUCCGGCUACGGCGUCAUCGGCGCGUGUGAAGACCAGGAUGAAUAUGAAGUGCGCAACCAGUUCGAGACGAAUUUCAUGGGUACUUUGCAUAUCCUGCAGGCGUCACUGCCGUAUUUUCGGCAGCAAAACGGGGGGCGGUAUCUGAUUUUCAGCUCCACCUCCGGCGCGCUGGGUGUGCCUGGGUUAGGACCGUACUGCGCGACAAAGUAUGCGGUGGAGGGGCUGAUAGAGGCGAUGCUGUACGAGGUUGACAGCUUCGGGAUCAAGGCCACGCUGGUGGAGCCGGGGCUGGUGAGGAGGGACGAGCCGGCCGAGAUUACAAACAGUCUGCCGACUUGGGGGCACUUUUUGAUCAAGCCGGCGAGUGAGGCGUAUAGUCAUGCGACGAGCCCGGCGUUGCACGCGAAGAGGAUGGUGCAGUGGUUGGGGGAUAGGCAGCCGACGAGCGCGGUGAAGUGUGCGGAGCUGGUGUGGCAGUUGGGGCAUUGUUCUUAUCCGCCGUUGAGGUUGCUGCUGGGGAGUUAUGCGAUUGAGAGUAUUAGGGAUAGGUUGAGGAGUGUGACGGAGGAGUUGGAGGAUUGGAAGCAUUUGAACUUUCCGGUGGCGCCGUCGGAGGGGGAGGAUGGGGGGAAGGGAGGGGAGGGAGGGGAGGAUGGGGAUGGACAGGCGGGGGAGGGGGAGGGGGGGAAUAUUGUUGUUGAGGGGACAAGUCCGGAUGGGGGGGAGAACUGA